AUGAGAGCCGAAUUGCACUACACCGCCAACAGCACGCAAUCAACGUUGGAAGUGAAGAAAUUGCAGGUGGCUGACGAGGCUGUCUACAAGUGCGAAAUCACUUACAUCGAAGUGCGCGAUGGAUGCUCUGUCGUGCAGUUCAUCAACCUCACGGCGCUGAGUAAGACGAUGGAAUGCGGUGCGGUGAGGCGAGGCACGGAAAACAAAGUGGUGCGAAAUGAAGUGGGGAAGCCAAAACGACGCAAUGCUGUGCGAGGAAGACAAAGUGAUGCAAGGCUGGGAAGGCAAUGCGACGCAAGGAGCUACAGGGAUGGCAAAGCUGUGCGAAGUGGAACGGAGGAGGCAAAGUGA